AGAAUCUUGCCUGAGUUAUCGUCCGUGAAUUCGAAACCGCUGUGACGUCAUAAGUGACAAUCGCCGAUCCAACGAAACUUGACUAUGGCGCACGUAUAUAACUCCGAUUGUAGCGACAGUGACGAUAUCCCAGAGGUUUCAUUCACGCUAUGUAUCCAUCCAUAUAUGUAUGAACCUGAGACAUCGAACAAUGACGAUCAUAUCGACUCAGAUUCGUCAGAUUGUUCCGAGGAACUGCAUAUAAGAGGUGACGAGGAUGACGAAGAUAGCAUGGCUUCCGAUCAACCUGUCGGAGAAUGGUGUUCCUGUAACAUGUGUUCCCAUAUGUCCACUGAGGACGAAAGAAAAUGCUGUCAGGACAUGAGCAUAUUAGAAGAAAAGUUGACCGACAUAGGCUGUAUCACCCAACAUGAAGGGUUUAUUGCGAAUUGUCUAAACAUGCAUGUCCUGGAAACAUCCUAUUAUGAAUAUUCUGAAACACACGGCCCAGGAAGACAAGAAGACAUUCACAGGAAGUAUCGGCUUGUAGCAUAUCGUCGCUUCAUCAGGUGGACAUGGAAAGUACUAGGGGAAAAAAUCGACAGGUCAUACCAUCAUGUGCUGUGA